AUGGAAAGAUUGCUCUGCGGCAUCCUGGUGUUUGGAAUGGCUGUCACAAUCAACGCUUGCCCCAAGUAUUGUGUCUGUCAGAACCUGUCUGAGUCACUGGGGACUUUGUGCCCCUCCAAGGGUCUCCUUUUUGUGCCACUGGACAUAGAUCGAAGGACUGUUGAACUCCGCCUUGGGGGCAACUUCAUCAUCAAUAUCAGCCAACAAGACUUUGCCAAUAUGUCUGGACUUGUUGACCUUACUUUGUCCAGAAACACCAUUAGCUACAUACAGCCCUACUCUUUCACCGACCUGGAGAGCCUUCGGUCUUUACAUCUGGACGGCAACAGGUUGCCUGAGAUUGAAGAGGAUACUUUAAGAGGUUUAAUUAACCUUCAGCAUUUGAUUUUAAACAACAACCAGCUCAGCAGCAUUUCUGACGACGCCUUUGAGGAUUUUUUACUGACGUUGGAAGACUUAGAUCUUUCCUACAAUAACCUCCGAAGCAUUCCCUGGGAAUCUAUAAGAAAGAUGAUAAACUUGCACCAGCUCAGUUUAGAUCACAACCUGAUAGAUUAUAUAACAGAGGGGACAUUUGCAGAUCUUCAGAAAUUGGCCAGAUUGGAUCUAACAUCCAACAGGCUUCAGAAGCUCCCCCCCGACCCUAUAUUUGCAAGAUCACAAGUAAUGCCAUUGGUUGUCACCCCGUUUUCGCCACCUCUGUCCCUCAGCUUUGGGGGAAAUCCGCUGCACUGCAACUGUGAGCUACUGUGGUUAAGGCGGCUUGAAAGAGACGACGACAUGGAAACCUGCGCUUCUCCUCCAAGUCUAAAGGGGAGGUACUUCUGGUACGUGCGGGAAGAGGAGUUCGUUUGCGAGCCCCAUCUAAUUACACAGCACACUCACAAGCUGCUGGUUCUGGAAGGGCAGACUGCCACGCUGAAGUGCAAAGCCAUUGGGGACCCCGCGCCCAUCAUUCACUGGGUGGCCCCCGACGACCGCCUCAUCGGGAACUCCUCCAGGACAGCUGUCUACGACAACGGCACCUUGGACAUACACAUCACCUCCUCCAAGGACUACGGGACCUUCACGUGCAUAGUGGCCAACGCUGCAGGGGAGUCCACUGCAACCAUUGAACUCUCCAUCGUUCAGCUUCCCCAUCUCAGCAACGGCACAGGCAAAGCAGCUCCACCCAAAUCCCGGCUCUCGGACAUCACCAGCUCCACUAAGUCCAAUCGUGGCGAAACAAAAGGCCCCCCAGAAAGGGCUGUGCUGGUGUCAGAUGUGACCACUACCUCAGCUUUGGUCAAGUGGACAGUCAGCAAGUCGGCCCCUCGGGUAAAAAUGUACCAGCUGCAGUAUAACUGCUCGGAUGAUGAAGUCCUGAUCUACAGGUAA